UAAAGGUUUUUUAUUUUUAAACUUAAUUGAAAUUCUUAUUUAAGGUCAGAUAUUUCUUCAUUAUGUUGAUAACAGGGCUAUUAAGUGAUCAAAAAUAUUAAGAUUGCACUCUACAAAGGCCUAAAUCGCGAUAUAUCCAGAAAAUGUAGUUAUGCAAAACUUGGGAGAUUUGAUUGGAUCGUCAAACAAUUACGGACAGGAAGCCAUUGUAAUGCUUUGAUGGGCUGUCAAGCCGUGAAUAACUAAUAGGGUAGUGUCUUAUUGCUUGGAUACGACGGGACGCUUAGAACACAACACAACCACACUGAAUGACUUUUAGACUCUUGAAGUCUUUAAAUUUGUGCUUUAGACUUCAGCAAUUUGUGAGAAAAAACACCAUUCCUCUUGACGCUAAAGCUUGCAGCUGAUCUUGGAAUCUUCUCAGAGGUCUUUGUACUCCGAUGGGCGCAUAAACAGGAAGACUAGAAGUUCAGAGUUCUGAUUGGAAAUCGUUCCAAGGCUGUCCCUCUGCAACAACAGAAACGAUAAACAAUUCUCUGCAAUUAUAACAGCUUAUGAUUUUUGGAAAUUAUUUUCAGAACAGGAUCAUUAGCACUAGAGUUUUCGGUGCUUUCGGAACUACUGUUUACGCCAACUCUGUUAACUUGAGGAAUGCUGUUUUGUUGAGCAAGUUUUUUUAAUUUUUGAGAAAAAAAACUAAUAUUUAACUUUCAAGGAAAGUUAUUCUGUUUGAGAUACUUUUUAAAAUCAAUCUGUAGGGUUUUGAAGAUUUAAUUUUGUUUUUGUAUUAUUUAGUUGCUAAGCGCGAAGUAGUAAUUUUCGCUUUAGUUGCCCAUUAAGCGAUUACUAAUAAGUGACUGUUUAGAGAGUUAAGUAGAGUUGCGCUUCAUCAUGGCUACUCCAAUCGUAGUGCCUAAACUCGUAGAGAAAGAAUACCUUAGCACUCUUAACGAUCGUUUUGCGUCUUAUAUAUCUCGUGUUCGACAAAUGCGCGAACUGAGUGGCCGUAACGAUACGGUCAACUUCAUGAACUCAACAAAAAUCUUGGAGGAAGAAAUCACGGCAUUGAAGGCGAUGUACGAGAGGCAACUGGAGGAAUUGAGACAUCAACUGGAGGAUUUAGCCAAAGAUAGAACACAGCAGCAAUUAGCUGCUGCCAAGAAUUCAGCGCUCGUUGCUGAGCUCCAAGACAAACUUGGUAAUGAAACAAGCAAUCGCAAGAAAGUAGAGAAUGCCCUGGCAGAUGCACACAGGGUUAUCGCAGAUAAAGAAGCAUUGUUGCAAGAUGCAAGAGUUACUACUACACAACACCAGAAUGCACACAUGGACACCACACGUGAGAGAGAUGGUCUCCAAACAGCGCUCACCCAGACUCAGCAAGCUUUGGACACUGAGAUGGCAGCAAGAGUUGAUUUACAGACAAAUGUUAAUCAGCUGAGAGAAAAACUGGGGUUUGAACAGCAACUUCAUGAAAAAGAAAUGGCUGAAAUUAGGGCUCGCCUUAACGAAGCAGACCAGACGAUACUUCUUGCUGAAGAACGACUGCAUGAGCACAAUAUCAUUGAUGAGAACCUGGCAGCAAUGCUUGCGAAGGUGAAGCUACAUAGUCAACAUGAGCUGCGCCGAUUCAAAGAAGAGUCUGAAAUUUCACACCAGAACAGCAUGAACCAGUUGAAGAUCCAGUUGGACAAUGAGAGUAGAAAUCUUGCUUCUGCUACAGAUGAUAACAUCCAUAUGAAGGCUCAUAUUGAGAGCCUGCAGUCAAAGAUCAUCAACCUGGAUGCCAAGUGCUCAAGCCUAGAGGCUCAAAACUCCUCUCUGAUCCAAUCCCUGGAAAUGGAACGUCAACAGGCUGCAAAUACCAUCAAGAACCUGGAAGCAAAGCUCCGUGAGCUUCAGGAAGCCUUGAUGGCCAAAGUAAGAGAGCUUGGUCUGGCUUACAACGCACAUGUGCCUUUGGAUCUGGAGCUGGGUGCCUUUGCGACAUUGCUUGAAGCUGAAGAAAGAAGGCUUAGCCUGGCAUUACAGAACCAAGCUCCUUUGGCACCCGUCAGGUCUCGUACAUGGCACACAAUAACACCAAGAAGCAAAACUCUAACUACUGAACCUAAGCGCCCAGCUAGUACUCUUGGUAUAACACCUUCUAGUGUGUCAACUUCCACCAAAAUACACACACCCAUAGCCAGACCAAAAACCACCGCCGGUACCCUUUCAGUGAGCAGGACGGUUCCUCCUGUAGUGGAACCAGUAACGACAGCCAGUCCUUACCGCCACACCUGGUCAUACGUGCCAAACUUUAUUGACUACCACAGCCCUACAUCAAGUCAUACUGGUAAUGUCAGGAUUCUUGAAGUCAAUCCUGAUGGGAAUUAUGUGCGGCUCUUCAAUACCUCAGCGCAUCGGGAUGAAGAGAUUGGCGGUUACAUGGUUCAACAAAAUGUCUCUGGUAGGCCAGUGACUGUGUUUGGUCAGCGGGCAGCCUCAUGAAGCACAAUCCUCCAUCAGAUUUCUUAUGGAAGGAGCAGCAUAAAUGGGGGACUGGACCUGAAUGUACSACAAUUCUUUGCAAGCCUAAUGGACAGGCAGUGGCAUGGACAACCGCUGCUUUUCCAUUUGGUGUUCCUAAUCAAAUCCCUACGCGGGACACUGGCCCGGGAUCCCCUCGGGAUACGGGUUUGGACAGAGAACCUUCAAGAGAGCCAAAGUCACCCAGGUCCAAGAACCCAGAACCACCCCCACGGGAGAUUGAAAAUAAGUCUUUCUCCAGAUCUCCAAAUGACCCUCUCCACCCCCACGCGGUUCAAACCAGGGUCAAAACGGGGGGCCACGAUGGGAUGACAAUGAACCCGCAGUCAAGAUCCCAGACAGUACGACCUGACCCGGCUGGUGCUAGUCGUACGGGGGGUGCACCACUGAGAAGAUACGCUGGGUCAUCUUUGCCCAAUGACAAGGACUCUAGCCCUAAACAAGGUCAUGGAGGAACGAUCCGAGUGAUGCCAAGCUCAGAAUUCACCUCCCCAAAGCAAAACUACCAAGACAGACUAUCCAAUCUUACUACCCAGCAACGAGUUAACUUCUCUCCUCCGCCUCCAAGACCUUACGUUGCAUCGCGAUGAAAAGCUCUGAACGUGUCGUAAUGUCACCAUCGUGUGGUUUUCAAUCAUGGAAGCAAGGAGAUAUUUUCAACCAAUAGUCCCCUUCACAGUUCCCUGCGCCAUCUUGAAAGGUAGCUGUGCCUUUGCAUCGAAGCGAGACGAACGGUGAGCUUGCAAUGAUAGAGACCGUUUUCUCAAGGUUGCGUGCGCAUCCAACUCGUUACGGCCACAAAAUUGAAAAACGCAAAUUCAGUAAAACUGAGAAGCCAGUUUUAUAUUUAAAGAGGAGAAUAAUCGAUUUUAUGAAUUCUUAUCGAAAAAUGGAAAUCUUGUCAAUGUAUGAUAAUAGACCCCUUCACAGUUCCCUGCACCAAAACGAGACGAACGGUGAGCUUGCAUUAAUAGAGACGUGAAUAAUUGUCCAAGGUGUUAAAAAAGGUCUCUAUCAAUGCAAGCUCACCGUUCGUCUCUUUUCGAUGCAAAGGCACGGCUACCUUUCAAGAUGGCGCAGGGAACUGUGAAGGAGACUAUUCUCAUUAUAAGCUCCUGUUCUUGUAUCGUGGCCCGUCAAGUCCCUUUAAUUUGUAUGGUCAUAGAGACCUUUUUAUAACACCUUGGACAAUUAUUCACGUCUCUGUCAUUCCCAGCUCACUGUUCGACUCGCUUCGAUACAAAGUCACGGCUACCUUUCAAGAUGGCGCAGGGAACUGAGAAAGGGAACACUGUGUACUCCUUAAACUCAUUGAAUUUAAUUUUAGUUUUUAAGGGUGCCUAAAAAAUCUCUUGAAAUUUAAUAGUUCUGCUCAAAUUCCUUGAAAACUCCUUGAAUUUAUAUUCUGAUGAAUGUGAUAGUCGAUGACUAUAUUUCUUUCCUCCAAAAACGAAUUGACCAAUCAGGGAAAGGGAUGACCUAGUGUCACGUGAUACCUAGUAAACUCUUAUUUUAAACUGAAAUGCAUGCGUUUU